AUGGCACCAAAUUCUGUAGUGAUUACACUUGAGAAGCCUGAGAAUGUUUCUUUAAUUGAAGCAAAUGAUUCCCAAAGGGGAUUAAUUUUCCAGGAGAAGCAAAAAGCUGCAAGCCCCAGGCAAUUUACUUGGGUUCUUCUUCUCAAAGCACACAGGGUGGUGUCUUGUAUUCCAUGGCUGGCAAUGAGUUUGUGUACAAUUUUCGGUUCGAUCAAGAAACGAAUUGCCACUUCUUCGGGUGCGAGGGAAGAAGAGCCCACAUACAGAGGGAAGAAAAUGUACAAGUUUAUAAAAGCAUUUCUUUCUAUUUCAAUUGUAGCUUUGAUUAUUGAAAUCAUUGCUUAUUUCAAGAAAUGGGAUUUGAGUUUGGUUCAUAAUCCAUGGGAGGUUCAAAAUAAUCUUGUGCAGUGGUCUUAUAUGGCUUGGCUUUCUUUUAGAGUUGAUUACAUUGCUCCUCUGAUAAUGACACUUUCCAAAUCUUGCAUUGUACUCUUCAUGAUUCAAUCACUGGAUCGCCUUGUGCAAUGUUUGGGGUGUUUCUGGAUUAAGUACAAGAAGUUGAAGCCAUCGACUGAAGGCGAACCUUAUGACAUCGAAGAUGGAUCGAGUUAUCCCAUGGUUCUUGUUCAGAUUCCAAUGUGCAAUGAAAGAGAGGUGUACGAACAAUCAAUUGCUGCAGUUUGCCAGCUUGAUUGGCCAAAGGAUCGGUUUUUAGUUCAAGUCUUGGAUGAUUCAGAUGAUGAACUUUUACAGAAUUUGAUAAGGGAUGAGUGCUUGUCGUGGAAAGGGAAAGGGGUGAACAUAAUCUACAGACAUCGGUUCAUCAGAACAGGGUACAAAGCCGGCAAUCUUAAAUCAGCAAUGGCUUGUGACUACGUCAAAGACUAUGAAUUCGUUGCCAUAUUUGAUGCAGACUUCCAACCAAAUCCGGAUUUCCUUAAAUUGACAAUCCCUCAUUUUAAGAACAAUCCUGAACUAGGCCUUGUCCAGACUCGCUGGUCCUUUGUGAAUAAGGAUGAAAAUUUGCUUACAAGACUCCAGAACAUCAAUCUCUGCUUCCAUUUUGAAGUCGAGCAGCAAGUAAAUGGCAUUUUCCUCAAUUUCUUUGGGUUCAAUGGAACAGCCGGGGUCUGGAGAAUUAAAGCCUUAGAGGAUUCAGGUGGCUGGCUUGAGAGGACUACGGUCGAGGACAUGGAUAUAGCUGUUCGUGCCCACUUGAAGGGGUGGAAAUUUAUCUACCUCAAUGAUGUGAGAGUUCUUUGCGAAUUACCAGAGUCAUAUGAAGCAUAUAAGAAGCAACAACAUCGAUGGCAUUCUGGCCCUAUGCAGCUCUUCAGACUUUGCCUCCCAGACAUUAUAACCUCCAAAAUAUCAGUUUGGAAGAAGGCCAACUUGAUAUUCCUUUUCUUUCUCCUAAGGAAACUUAUACUUCCCUUUUACUCGUUUACUUUAUUUUGUAUCAUACUUCCAUUGACAAUGUUCAUACCGGAGGCUGAGUUACCGGCUUGGGUGAUCUGUUAUGUCCCCAUUGUCAUGUCCAUUCUGAACAUUUUACCGGCACCUAAGUCUUUCCCCUUUCUGAUGCCAUAUUUGCUCUUCGAGAACACAAUGUCCGUGACCAAAUUUAAUGCAAUGGUAUCCGGGCUAUUUCAGCUAGGAAGUGCCUACGAAUGGGUAGUCACGAAGAAAACAGGCAGAGCAUCAGAAUCAGACUUGCUAAGCCUUGCUGAGAGGGAACAAAAAACACUGAACGAAGAGAAAAUUCAGAGACGGCUUUCUGAAUCGGGCCUAGAAAUGCUCGGCAAGUUAAAAGAGCAAAGUCAAAAGGUCCCUAUUGUAAAGAAGAAAAACAGGAUUUACAAACCGGAACUUGCACUUGCAUUUCUUCUACUCACUGCAGCUACAAGAAGUCUAUUAUCAGCACAUGGAAUUCAUUUCUAUUACUUGCUGUUUCAGGGGUUGUCCUUCCUUGUGGUAGGCUUAGAUUUAAUUGGGGAGCAAGUCGCAGCUUUAACUAUACCAUUACCAAGACCAGUUUAUAAGAAAUCAACCCAUAAUCCGACUCUCAAGGCACCACCACCACCUCCACCUCCACCAGUCAAGGCACUAGUCCCUCCACCAGUCAAACCACCAAGAAACAUACAAGUACUUGUUAGAAAAAUGGCUGUCAAUAGAAUUGCUACUUUGGUUAUGAUCUGGUUAACCUUUGCAGCAUUGGCAGUGAGCGCACAAACGUGGGCCCCAACCCCGACCCCGAAUCCAGGCGACGCACAUAAGGAUGCUGCAACUACAGGCAUUGCUUCAUUCCACACUAUGAUGUUUGGAUUUGUUGCUGCUGCUGUUUCUUUCUUUACGAUAAAAGAGAUGAUUUGA